GAAUAGGAUAGAGAAAGCGAAAGCAAGUUGUAUUAUUUGUGGGGUAAAAGCCAUGAUUCAGAUAAUUGGGGCUUGCUGACAUAAAGGCAUGAUUGAACUCUCCACUCCUUUCUAUAUAAUCCCUUCCACACGCACUUCUCCACUUCAUAGUCACAACUAGAGAUGACGGUUCAAAAGGAAGAUUUGGGCUUGAGUCUAAGUUUGAGCUUCCCUCUCCUCUCCUCUUCUCCUUCCAGCCACAACCCUCAGAAACCCUCUUGGAACGACCCUAUUUUCACUUCUUCAGGUGAAGCUGGAUCAUUCCUCCGCGGAAUCGAUGUGAACCGUUUACCUUCUGUGGUUGAUUGCGAAGAGGAAGCAGGUGUUUCAUCUCCAAACAGCACGGUUUCUAGCGUCAGUGGAAAGCGCAGCGAGAGGGAAACCAAUGGAGAAGAAAACGACACAGACAGAGCUUGUUCCAGAGGCAUCAUCAGCGACGAAGAAGAUGCUGAAACCUCUAGAAAGAAACUUAGACUCUCCAAAGAUCAGUCAAUUGUCCUGGAAGAGAGCUUCAAAGAACACAACACUCUUAACCCCAAGCAAAAGUUGGCACUGGCGAAACAGCUGGGUCUUCGAGCGAGACAAGUGGAGGUGUGGUUCCAGAACAGAAGGGCAAGGACGAAGCUGAAGCAAACGGAGGUUGACUGCGAGUUUUUGAAAAGGUGCUGCGAGAAUCUGACGGAGGAAAACAGGAGGUUGCAGAAGGAAGUGCAAGAGCUUAGAGCACUGAAACUUUCCCCGCAGUUCUACAUGCACAUGACCCCACCCACCACCCUCACCAUGUGCCCCUCGUGUGAGCGUGUCGCGGUUCCCCCCUCCUCUGCCGUUGAUCCUGCCACGCGUCACCAUCACGUGCCUCCAUCUCACCCCCGGGCCUUCCCCAUUGGCCCAUGGGCCAGGCCCUUCGAUGCCCUCCGUCCCAGAUCUUAGACUUGCGGAAACAAAAUGACAAAAUUGAAAAAAAGAUAGGAAGCCAUGAAUUAUGUGUUCAAAGUGUGGUCUAAGAUAUGGUUGUUAGGAAAACUGAUUUUGUGGGUCUCUAAUGUUUUGUACUAGUUUGACCCUUCGUCUUUCUUUUGGAUUUCGGGGCAUGACCUGGUCUAGUUACUAGUUAGGUUUUUUAGUUUUAUAAUACUUACUGCGUUACUCUCGUUUCUCAUGAUUAAAUCCGAGACUUUCUGUAAAGUUUACUGGUCUUAAUUAAUAGUAUUAUAUAUAGCUUUCUUGUGUGAGCA